UUCAGUCGUCUUUCAGUCGCCGAACCAUCAUGCGUGACAUUUAAAAUAAAAUAAAUAUAAUGUUUAAACUUUUUACAAAUAAUCGUAGAAAUAUGAUCGAGAACGAGAAGUCAAUUUGGUGUAUCAGUAUCCGCUUUUAUUAACAGACUAACUAUAAUGGAACAUGUUUACAUUUUAAACCAAUAUAGAUGGAGUACCUUUGUGGAGAAGCCAGAGAAAAACAUUUAUCAUUGGAUUUGCCACAUCGAUAAAAUCAAUCAUAAAUAUAUCUCAAGAUCUACUGGUCAAUCGUGGACUCAAAUUUGUCUUAACUUAUAAAUUCAGCCAAGAUGCAAUUGAAUUAUUCUUUGGUUAUAUGCAAGGAUCUUUGUUAGCAGGAAGUCGUCUCAACAUAAUAGAUGAAAACCAUUAUGCUGGAUCUCCAGAUAAUUUAUAUCGCGCGUGUUUACACAUUAAUGGUGUUCCAAAGACCUGGAAAUAUAUUUUAACACAAUUCUCUGAUAAACGCAUUGCUCAAAAUCUAAAUACGAUAAAUAAAGAAAGAAUCGUCAACCUUAUUCUACACGAAGUAUUGAUGAAGGGGUUUCGCUUAGUUCAAAUACUGAUGGAAAUAACAGUACGUAGGGUGCGAGAACAUAGUUCAACUCGAAAGCCUAUUUCUUUUAUACGCUACUUCUUCCAUAAAAAGUUGAUUUUUGGAAUGCAAACUAUAAAUGAAAAAAUGAUACAGAAUUUGAAACCAAUAAUUGAUGGAAAAUGAAAAAAGAAAAAGUAAAAGUAAG